AUGGAUGGCGGCUUUGAUAUGCUUGAGGGCGUGCUCCAACCCGGGCCAAGUCAUUCCUUGCGGCUGCCGGAGGGCGUGGUCGCCAAUGCCGAGUACCAGGGCGCUGCGCCCUCGUUUCCGCACAUUCCCAUUCCAUUACCAACCACCAACACCGGCACCUACGCGGAACGCAAGAAGGGGCCUUUCGAGGCGGUCCAGGAGAAGAGGCGGCUGCUCGGACUGAAGGAGACAGAGCCAGCAUCACCAACGUCGUCCAGGGCGACGGCGGUGAUGAUGCCGACGAUGCGCAACGCGCCGGUGUUGACGCUCACGCGGCCACAGCUGCAUCAGAUUAUGGGCGAGUUUGUGUAUGAGCAGCGCGACUGGCAGCGCCCCGUGUCCUAUCACACGUGGAAAUACGAGAUGCGGCGCGAAGCACAAAAGGUGCUCCCCUUUUUGUAUCUGGGCCCGGCCAAUGCGGCGCGCGACCGUGCGUUCCUCCAGGACGCGGGCAUCACCAAGGUGAUUGCGGUGCGGGACAGCCGGCUGGCCGACGCACGGCUGCUCGUGGUGGAGCACGUCACCGGGGCGAUGGGCAUCCGGUCCGAGUGCGUCGACGUCACCGGCAUCGACGGCCUGCUGCGAGCGCUGCCGGCCGCCGUCCAGAGCAUCAACCACCAUAUGCUGCACGACGUGCCGGCAGAUGGACACGGCGUCUCGACGGGCAAGGUGCUCGUGUUUUGCGAGACGGGCAACGUGCGCGCGCCGCCGGUGGUGACGGCGUACCUGAUGUCCAUGUUCGGCAUCGGCCUCGUCGACGCGCUGCACUACCUGUCGCAGAUCCGGUGCUGCAUCAGCCUGGACGAAGAGGCCAAGCACAUGCUGCUGUCCUUUGGCGACCUGCUGACUGCGCGGCGGGACGUGGCCCUGGCCGAGCAGGAGAUGGCCGGCGAUGAUGGAAAGCACGGCGACGCUCGUAUGGAGGACAUGGCCGACGACAGCGACCGCCCGUCACGAGCAACGCGGGUCGAAGCCAGCACCUUUCUCGGCGUGCCGUCUUCGCACGCAUCCCCUGCGCGCGACGCACAAAGUCGAAGCCGGCCUGCCAAGCGGAGCGUGGACGAGACCAUGGACGAGGACGACGACCGCGUCGAGGCGGCCAGCGAGCUUGCCUUUUCGCGCGAACCGUCGGCAGAGCCCUGCCGACCGAACUUGGACAGCGCGCGGUACCAGGACCGCGCCCACUUUACGCCAUUUACCGACACGACCGUGCAGUAG